AAUAUGUCACUCUCCAGCUUGGUUAUUGAUAUCAAUGCCAUGCUCGACAAAGCAGAGUCACCUUCAACCGAUGACUGUUGCAUCUAUAAGGUCCCUUAUGUUAUUCGCAGACACAACAAAGACGCAUACACCCCCACUGUCGUUUCCAUUGGCCCCUUUCACCACGGUCACCCCCAGCUCCAAAACAUGGAAAGUCAGAAACUCAUUUACUUCAAGGAUUUUCUCCAAAGAACCAAGGCAUGUUUAAACGACUUAGUCUGCUACAUAGAAUCUAUCUUAUCUGAUUUCAAACGUUGUUAUUCUGAAACCCUACCAUUUUCUCAUGAUGAACUUGUUAAGUUAAUUUUAAUAGAUUCCGCUUUUAUAAUUCAACUUUUUUGGAGAGACUAUUAUGAAGGGCGUCUCUUUAAACCUUUGUUAGAUACUGGUAUAACAGACGAUUUAAUGUUACUUGAAAAUCAGCUUCCCUUUUUCGUUAUUGAAAAAAUUUACAGUCUUUCAUUGACUAAUGAUCCCAACACUAUGAUACAAUAUUCUUUUCUUAGACUCACUAUUCAUUAUUUUGGUUAUUACAAUAAAUCAAAAUUGGAUUUUGAUAAGGGUGAUAUUAGUAUAAGGCACUUCACUGAUCUGAUUAGGAUAUUUCAUUUGCAACAUCCUAUUGAAAGUCGGCCGAGUAGAGACAUGUUCGACGAACAGAAGAUAAGUCUACCCGGUGCAACUGAAUUGUUAGAAGCUGGAGUUAGGUUUAAAGUGAAUACUAAAAGUAAGUGUUUACUUGACUUGAGGUUUUCGGGAGGAGUUCUUGAAAUUCCUCAAUUAACGGUUGACGAUAGGACUGAAAUUUCGUUUCGAAAUAUGGUUGCUUUGGAGCAGUGUCAUUACCCUGAUGAUUCAUAUAUCACUGAUUAUGUUGCUGUCAUGGAUUACCUUAUAAAUACUGGUACGGAUGCUGAUAUACUUGUUCGGAACGAAAUACUGCAUAAUAUGCUUGCGGAUAGUGAUUCUGUGGCUAACUUGUUUAAUGGUCUUUGGAAAAAUGUUACACAAUCUAAUAUCAGUUCUCAUUUCUCUAUUCUAUGCAAAGACUUAAAUGCUUUUUGUAAGAAUCCUUGGCAUAAGUUGAAGGCUACUCUCAGGCGUGAUUAUUGCAAAACUCCUUGGCAAACUGCUGCUUCCAUUGCUGGAAUCUUACUACUUUUUCUCACUUUACUUCAAUCAGUUUGUUCUGUCUUGCAAGUUGUACAACAAGCCUCCUAGUGAUUUCUUUCAUUGUUGAGUUCAUAAUUAUUUCUAUUAGUAUUAUUUUCAAUGUACGUUGUUUGUUUCAAUGGUUUCAUUAUCUUUUUGUGUUGCAUUAGAUUGAAAUUGUAAUUUCAUAUAAAUGGGUGUUCUGUUAAAUAAAAAAGCAUAUUGAUCA